GUUCUCCUACGACUGUCUAGCCUACUGCACCAGCUCUAUGGUUAGACGGCUGGAUGGAUGCUCGGCCUUUGCAGGCUGUCUAGUUAGCGUCGAGAAAGAUGGCGGAUAAGAAAGAGCAACAAGGAGGACCAGAAGAAGACGCAGAAAACCCAGUGAACACUAAGCCUGUUUCUUCCAGCAAUGGAGGGGAGAGCUCAAGCCGAGGAGGGGCAGAGAAGAGGUCAGCAUCCCCCGAAGAGGCCCAUCCCUGCCCAUCCAAAGUCUCCAAGUUGGGCUUUGGAAUAGGAGGUCAGACUGGGAAGAAGGCGCCUUCCAUAUCCAUAAAGCUUGGCUCUGCUAAACCGAAGGAUCCACCGCCUGCUGUAGUGCGGAAAAAGAGCUCAGUAGCAGCAGUAUUCAAUGAUGAGGAUGAUAGUGAACCUGAAGAAAUGCCUCCAGAGGCAAAGAUGAGGAUGAAAAAUAUUGGAAGGGAUACCCCAACUUCGGCCGGACCAAACUCAUUCAACAAAGGCAAGCAUGGAUUUUCAGACAGCCAGAAGCUCUGGGAGAGGAAUAUUAAGUCACAGAUAGAGCGUAUCUCUGAUGACUGAAUUGUGGAGAGGGCCUGGGGGGUGGCCAGUCGUUCCAUCCCUCCUCUUCUUUCUUUUUUUGGACAGACGCCCCUACAAUUGUAAUGCAGGGUGUUUUGUUUAUUUGAUGUCUCUUAAGAAACUACCGUGGAACGGAUGGGAAUUAUGUAAUUAUGUUUUGUAUUCAGUUGUUCUGCUGUUUGUGUAGAGUUUUCAUUUACAGUCAGUGGGAAUAAACAUUGUUUUGUCCA